AUGUUUUCCAUCUUCAACCCCCCAAGCGCCACUCCUCCCCCUCAACCCCCAUCAAAAGUGCUCCGCAUCCUCAUCACAGGCUCCCACGAGGGCAUCGGCCUCCAGACCGCCCGCCGCCUCAUCACCUCCGGGCAUUCCGUAACCCUGCACGCGCCCGACGAAACCCGCGCAUCCGCGCUCCACGCCGCGUGUCCCGGAGCCGAAGAAAUCCUCAUCGCGGACCUGCGUAAUCUCAGCGAAAUGAAAAAACUCGCGGGGGAAGCGAACGAGAAAGGCGCCUACGACGCCGUGCUGCACGACGCGGGGAUCAAUUUCUCCUCCGAAACGACGAGCGAGGGCGUCAGCGAUGUGUUUGCGGUUAAUACCCUCGCGCCGUACGUUUUGACGUGUUUGAUGGAGAAGCCGAGGGGGAGGAUGUUGUAUAUGGCCCGCGAGAGUCAAUAUUCCAGCGCCGGCGGCGAGGCAGAGCAUUCGGAUUCCAGUGGGAAGUUACAUGCGAGUAUGCUCGCGCCGGCUCUCGCGCGGAGGUUUCCGGACGUGCAGGUCGUGGGUGUGGAUCCGCAGUGGGUGUGGAGGGAGAUGGGGAGCAGUUUUGCGUUUGAUAGUCUGCGGAGGCCGGUGAGGAUGUUGGCGGAAUGGGCGGUUGAGGAGGGGAAGUGGGGGCGGGUGAAGGGGGGGAAUUUCUUUGCGACGGAGGAGAAGGGACGGGUUGGGGCUGAGAAUGAGAGGGAGGAGAAGGAGGAGGUGGAGAAGCAGGAGGCGUUGUUGAGGAUCUGUAGGGAGGUGAGUGGUGUUGCGGUGCCCGGGGAGUAG